GAAGAUGGCACUGCAGGUCCCCAGCCUCCUCCUUGCAGCAGCAGUGGUGCUGAUGGUGCUGAGCAGCCUGGAGGCCGAGGGCAGAGACUCCCCAAGGGAUUUCGUGAUCCAGCACAAGUGCCAGUGUUACUACACCAACGGGACGCAGCAUGUACGGUAUGUGACCAGGCACGUCUACAACCGGGAGGAGUUCGUGCGCUUCGACAGCGACGUGGGCGAGUUCCGCGCGGUGACCGAGCUGGGGCGGCCGAUCGCCAAGGACUUCAACAGCCAGAAGGACUUCAUGGAGCAGAAGCGGGCCGAGAUAGACACGGUUUGCAGACACAACUACGAGAAGCCGUUGGCCGUCACCACCCUGCAGCGGCUUGAGCAGCCCAAGGUGACCGUCUCCUUGUCCAGGAAGGAGGUCCUCAACCACCACAACAGGCUGGUCUGCUCGGUGUCAGACUUCUACCCGGCCCACAUCAAAGUGCACUGGUUCCGGAAUGGCCAGGAGCAGACGGAGGGAGUUGAGUCCACACAGCUUAUUCAGAACGGGGACUGGACCUACCAGGUCCUGGUCAUGCUGGAGAUGACCCCUCAGCGGGGAGACGUCUACACCUGCCACGUGGAGCACCCCAGCCUGCAGAGCCCCGUCACUGUGGAGUGGAGGGUACAGUCCGAGUCUGCCCAGAGCAAGAUGCUAAGUGGCAUCGGGGGCUUCGUGCUGGGGCUGAUCUUCCUCGGGCUGGGCCUUUUCGUCCAUCAUAGGAGCCAGAAAGGACCUCGAGGGCUUCCUCCAGCAGGGCUCCUACAGUGAUUCCUGGUGUUCUGGCUGAGUUGACUGUCACACUGUAGGGCCUGUCCCUGCCCUCAGUUCCCAUCUGCCCCGGCCUGCCUGUCCCUCUUUGAUUCAGAGUCCAUCAUGGUGCCAGUGUACUCACCCGCUCAGCUUUUGUGAUCCCCAACUUCCCAAGGCUCUGUUUUUGGUUCUGCUCCUGGACUGAUUCCAGAAACUCUGUCUGUAUACUGCAACAUGAUCUACUCAGAUCCUAGACCUGUUUUUACUGUCCCACGGGGCUGCUGAAGAGAUACCCUGAAAAAUUCACCUUUUUCAUAAUUAAACAUACAA